UCCUAGUAGUUUGCUAGCUACCUUGUCUUCUACCUACCACUAUCUUCUCUCUUUUCUUUUCUUUUUACUUGUACAACUAACAGUCUAAAACAAUACUGCUAUGACUACUUACUAGUGCAUAUCUGAGUCAAUGUUUUUGGUGUGAAUUGAUGGCUCAGCAUAAUGAAGCAAUAAUCCUGAGUUUGAUGUAUUUGUUGCUGAUUUGUUGUUGCCAGUAUCUGCAUGUUGAUUCCACAAGACUAGGAGAUGGAGAUGGAGGCUACAUCUCUUUACAGAUAUCUGAAAAGGGUCUUGAAUUUGUCAAGGAUUUGGUAAUAAAGGAGGCCCUGUCUUCUCUAACUCCUCUCCAGCUUCCCCAAGUGGAGAGGGCUGUGAAUAUCCCACUUUUCGGAAACGUUGAGAUAGUUCUUUCCAACAUCACCAUCAAUCACAUUGACUUGCCUUAUUCCAUCAUCAAGACUGGAGUCUCUGGUGUCACCAUUGCUGCAUCCAGCGCCACGGCUCAUCUCACGAUGGCGUGGCGCUAUUCCUACAGCUCUUGGCUUCUUCCUAUUGCGGUUUCUGAUCAAGGAGAUGCCUCUAUACAGGUUGAUGGUAUGGAGGUUGGACUUACCUUAAGCCUGGAAAACCAACAAGGAAAUCUUGACUUGUCCCUUCUCCAAUGUGGAUGCUACGUGAAGGAUAUAUCAAUUGAGCUCAAUGGCGGUGCAUCUUGGCUAUAUCAAGGGGUAGCAGAUGCUUUUAAUGAGGAUAUCAUCUCAUCAGUUGAAGUUGCUGUUACCAACAAAAUCACAGAUGGGAUCAUAUAUGUCGAUUCUUUGUUAAAGUCAGUUCCCAAAGAAAUCCCAAUAGACAACGUUGCUGCAAUUAACAUUACAUUAGUAAAUGGCCCUGUGUUUAGUGAUUCUUCAAUUGAACUAGAGAUCGAUGGACUUCUCACCGCAAAUGAUAAAACUUUAAUUUCCAGCCUUCACAGAGAAGUAAAAGAAGAUUCAAAUCCCUGCGAGGGUCUGGAUAAGAUGAUUUGGAUAUCAUUGCAUGAGAAAGUCCUUCACUCAGCUGUGUCAGUUUACUUUCAAGCAGAUAUGAUGCAGUGGAUUGUUGAUCAACUGCCUGAUCAAUCUUUGUUAAAUACUGCUGGUUGGAAAUAUGUCAUUCCUCAGCUGUACAAGAAAUUUCCAAAUGAUGACAUGAAGCUGAAUAUUUCAGUAUCUUCUUCACCAACCAUCAAGAUUGAACCGCAGAACAUUGACAUUACAGUGGACUUAGAAGUUACAGUAUAUGUUGUCGAUUUAGGAGAAGUAAUACCUGUUGCAUGCAUCUCAACUAUGAUCAGUGCUACAGGUUUUCCUAAAAUAUCAAUGCACAAACUAGGUGGUAGUGUUAAGUUGAUUGCCUUCACCAUGGAUCUCAAGUGGAGCGAUAUUGGUAGUUUGCACAUGACUCUUAUCAAGUCAUUUGUGUCCGCGAGUCUCAAAACUGUUGUACUGCCAUACCUAAAUAUUCGGCUCUGGGAAGGAUUCCCACUGCCCCUUUUCCAUGGAUAUGAACUUGAGAAUGCUAUAAUCGUUUGCGACGAAUCAAAGAUCAUGAUAUGCAGUGAUGUGGCAUCAAUAAGUUAGUCAGAAUCAUCUUUCCUGGUGGCAGACUAGACUACAGUCAGUUAUAUAUACAGUGUUGUAGAAUACCAUGCACACCAUAAAGACACUGAAAUGACAAUAUUGAUAUCUUCUGAGUGAGAUAUAUAACCUUCUGAUUGUAUUUAAGUGUUACAGUUUGAUUCUUAAAAUUGUGUAGAAAUAUUUAUAAAAUUUAUGAGCAUGUCUAUUAUCUGCA